AUGGUGAAAACCUGGAUCUCUGAAGAAGAUGAGAAGGCCAUCAUCAUCGGCAUAGACUUCGGCACGACCUUCUCUGGCGUAAGUUGGGCAUACUCCGGUCAGCCCGACGACAUCGAGGUCAUCAGCCGCUGGGAGUCUAAAACCAACCUCAAUUCCGACAAAGAGAAAGUGCCAUCGUGCAUUCUUUUCCGAGGAAAACGCGGCAACCCCUUUUGGGGAUAUGCCAUUCCCAGCGAUGGAAAGCAGGAGCCACUGAAGUGGUUCAAGCUCUUGCUCGUUGAUGAGCGUGACCUCCCCGAGAACGUCCGGGAUUCUAGCCAGAUUGCUACUGCUAGAAGAUUGGCUAGGAGAGCGAACAAGGACCCGGUUGAGAUCAUCGCUGGAUACUUGCAACAUCUUUGGAACCACACUAUUGAGUGCAUUAUCAGCACAGUUGGCGACGCCAUGGUCAAGAUGUGUCAAUUUCAAGUCGUUAUUACUCUUCCGGCAAUCUGGCCGGAUUACGCCAAGGCUAGAAUGCGCAGAGCUGCCGAAGAUGCUGGCUUGCUGAAGUCCCGUCCAGCUGGAGAGACGAGCUUGUCCUUUAUCUCGGAGCCCGAAGCGGCGGCUCUUGCUACGAUGAAGGACUUGUCGAAGAUGCCCACCGCCGAGGUUGGAAAUCACAUCGUUGUGUGUGACGCUGGUGGCGGUACCGUCGACCUCAUAACCUAUGAGAUCCUGAGCUUGGAUCCCUUCAUCGUUCGAGAGGCAGUUCAAGGCGACGGCGACCUCUGUGGCGGCGUCUUCCUUGAUGAAGCAUUUGUCAACAUGCUUCAGGAGAAGGUCACUCCCCAAGCUUGGAACAACAUUCCCAAAGAAGAUGUCAGGAAGCUAUUGAAUGACGAAUGGGAGAACUGCAUCAAGCCUUCUUUCAAGAACCAGGACGACGACUGGCACAUCAAUCUUCCCCCCGAGUGUCGCGCUCCUGGAACCCAACAGAGAGGCAUGAAGCGCAAGCGCAACCUCAUCCUUGAUCGGGAGGACCUCCUCAAGGUCUUUGACCCUAUCGUCAACCAGACAAUCUCACUGGUAAAGAAGCAGAUCGAUGCUGUCAUGACCAAGACAGAGACGAAGCCCAAGGUGCGAAAGCAAAUUAUUCUCGUCGGUGGAUUCGGCAGAUGCCCGUAUCUACGAAGCCGCCUCAAGCAAGAAGCUGGAAAUGGCAUUGAGAUUCUUCAGGGCCAUAGUGCCAAGCCUUGGACUGCGAUUUGUCGAGGUGCAACUAUCCAUGGACUGACGCGUCGAAACCUCGCACCUGGCCUCGCAGUCGAGAUCAAGUCUAGGGUCUCUCGUAUGAGCUACGGGACAUGUUGCUUAAUGGAUUACGAUCCUAAGAAACACAGAGUAAGCGAAAGAUGCUGGUGCGACGAUGAACUCUCUUGGAAGGUUAAAACUUGCAUGGAUUGGUUUCUUGAGCGGGGAACCGAUGUUUCUUCCGCCGAUCCGGUUACAAAGUCGUACUACUGUCUUUGGGAGUCAGUUCCCAGUCAGGUCGACGACACGAUCUAUGCCAGCGAGGCGUGGCCCCCUCCGAAGAGAUUGGACCACCGCGUCAGCGAGCUGUGCACCAUCACUUGGAAGAAGAAAAUCAACUUCGCAUCCCUUCCUCGCUUCACCAACACCAUGGGAAAGGUCUUCGCCAAUAUCAAUUACGAUGUGGAGAUGACCUGCUCCGGAAAGAGCGUGGACUUUACUGUCGUCCAUGAUGGCAAGCAGGUGGGAGCUAAGAAUGUCGAGGUGGUCUUCAACUCGGAGGAUGACGAGUAA